AUGGCUACCCCAAGUGUCCUCGCUUUUGACGCUGAGGGUCGGCCCAUUGACUUUGACGUCUGGGUAGAUGACGUGCAGCUUUUCCUACAGUGCAAUAGGGGAGACGGUCUCUCCCUCUUUGACCUCACUUCUGGUGCCUCUCCUGCCCCUGCUGCUGAUGCUGACGCCACUGUUCGCUCCCAGUGGGCCACACGCGACGCUGCUGCCCGUCUUGCUGACCACUUUCUCUCUGUUUGCCCCACCACCCUCACCGUUGACCUCCUCGAGGAGCGCCUCCUAGUGGCAGAGAAGAGCAUAGUCGAUUGCGGCGUCUACCCCACGGGAGACGCCACCCUAGCAAGGGCAAGGGGGGCAAGGGAGCUAGAGGAGCUAGCGGGGCGGUGGCAGCGUGGAGGCGGUGGAGGGGGUGGGGGUGGCGGUGGGGGUGGUGGCGGGGGUGAGCGUCAGUGGCGGCAGUGGAGGCGGAGGCGGCGGCGGCGGUGGCGCGGGGUGGGGUACCGGUCCGUGCGCCUACGUCCUACGCACCGGCGACCGGCGGGUGAGCCGUGCGGGGGUCCGCACUCCACCCAGCGCUGCUUUGGCCGCCUGACUGACACUUGGCGCCACCAGUUCCCUGAGGCCACUGAGAUCCCUCGCUGGGGCGAGGUGUCUAGGGCGGGGGUUCCUAUCUUUGAUCUUGAUUAUGAUUAUGCUAUCCUUGCUGCCAUGUAUGCUGUGACUAUUAGUGAUGAGGGUGACUGUUACCGGUGUUUUCCGCCUGACCCGGGCAUUGGGACUGCUGCUCCAAGAGCUGGUGAGGCUGCUGCUCUAGGUGCUGGUGAGGCUGCUGCUCUAGGUGCCAGUGAGUCUACUUCCUCAGGUGCUGGUGAGUCUGCUCUCUCAGGUACCGCGUCGGCUCCGGCCUCCCACACCUUCACCCUGGACUCGGGGGCUUCCCUCUCCUUCUUUCGAGACCACACCACACUCAGGCCGCUUAGUCGGCCAGUUGCAAUCUCUCUGGCAGACCCCCCUGGGGGUCCCGUCCUUGCCCACUUCUCCACUGCCCUACCGUGUCCGGCGGCCCCCUCUGGCACCCUGUCUAGUCUUUACCUCCCCUCGUUCUCUACGAACUUGGUGGCUGCGUCCGGUCAGGUGUUUGCUGCAGCGUCCAGGUCUGGUCCUGAGUCCCGCGUCUGUGGACAUGGCCACGAGCGCUACUUCCUGCUGGUGGUUGACGACUACUCGCGUUACACCACACUCUUCCCCUUGCGCAGCAAGCGUGAUGUCACUGAGGUGUUGAUCGUCUGGAUCCGCGCAGCUCGUCUCCAGCUCAGGUUGAGCUUCGGCUCGGACUUUCUUGUUCUUCGUCUGCACUCCGACAGAGGCGGAGAGUUCUCCUCUGGCCUUCUGCGAGCCUACUGUCGUGCACGAGGCAUCCGCCAGACCUUCACGCUUCCGGACUCUCCGCAACAAAAUGGGAUUGCUGAGCGCCACAUUGGCAUGGUCAUGGACGUCGCCCGUACGUCCAUGAUGCAUGCGGCUGCCCCCCGUUUUCUGUGGCCGUUUGCGGUUCGGUACACGGUGCAUCAGAUCAACCUUCAGCCCAGGGGAUCUCGGGCGUUUGUCCGCGACUUGUCUGCGGACAAGCAAUCCCCUCGUGCUGCUCCCUACGUCUUCCUUGGCUUCCCCCCUGACGCGCCAGGGUGGCAGUUCUACCACCCCACCUCUCGCCGUGUUCUGUCCUCCCAGGACGUCACGUUUGACGAGCCGUUCCCUACUACCGUCUCUUCCCCUACCGCACUCCAUCCCUCCCCCCGCCACCGCUCUACCUUGUGCCAGGUCCCCCCCCGGUAG